CAUUAGGCUAGACGCGCCACGCCCCUUUACUGAAAAAUCACCGCCAAAAUUUGGCUCGCGCGCUCACUACUCACUCACAAUACAGAGGAUCCGUCAAACAUAAGAGUAGGUACUGGUGCGUCCUGUCUUUUGCUCAGCUGCUUGUCAGGAGGGAGAGAGGCUGGGAGGUCGGAAGCGCGAGCUGGACUUCGGGCAGGGCCCGUAUUCCUCCGUAGUCUGAAACGUACUGGGUUUAUGGUGCGCAUGCGCAUCUUCGGUCCAACGUGCAUGCUAGCAUCCCAGAUAGGGAUAGACUGUCGGCAGACAUGGUCGUUUGUGAAGAGGACACUCUCCUGGAGAUUGAGAGAGAGGUGUCAGUUGAGAUGGGAGAGAGAGACGAGUGCUUCAGAUGGAUGCACCACAGGAAGGGCAAACAGGAGAGGAGUUCAGUCAUGAGAACAAGUACCUGGUUACCUUCCCAUAUCCCUACAUGAAUGGCAGACUCCAUUUAGGGCACACCUUUACCAUCUCCAAGCUCCAGUUUGCUGUUGGCUAUGAGAGGCUAAAGGGGAAGAGAUGUCUCUUUCCUUUUGGUUUCCACUGCACUGGGAUGCCCAUCAAGGCGUGUGCAGACAAGUUGAAGAAUGAGUUGGAGCAGUUUGGGUUUCCCCCAGUCUUCCCUGGAGAUGUGGAGGAGAGGGAGGAGGAGGAGGAGAGUCCUGACCCUGCUGACCCCACCAAGAGAGCCAAGAAGACUAAGAGUAAAGUGGCGGCCAAGACGGGGAACAUGACCUACCAGUGGGACAUCAUGAGGAGUCUGGGGAUCAAUGACCAUGACAUACGGAAGUUCACAGAUCCUCAACAUUGGCUGGAGUACUUCCCUCCUCUUGCUAAGGAAGACCUCAAGUCACUUGGAGUUAGGGUUGACUGGAGACGGUCGUUCAUCACAACUGAUGCCAACCCCUACUACGACUCCUUUGUGAGGUGGCAGUUCACCAAACUCAAGGAGAGGAAAAAGAUCAAGUUUGGCAAAAGGCACACCAUAUUCUCUCCACUGGAGGGCCAGCCCAGUAUGGACCACGACAGAGCCACUGGUGAAGGGGUGGGGCCACAGGAGUACACUCUCAUCAAGAUGAAAGUGGUGGAACCUCUUCCCAAGAGCCUCAGCUCCCUGGCAGGUCACCUGGUGUUCCUGGUGGCAGCCACUCUGAGACCUGAGACAAUGUACGGACAGACCAACUGCUGGCUACAUCCAGACAUCAACUACAUAGCCUUCCCCGUCAAAACAGGAGAGGUGUUCAUAUCCACCACCAGAGCUGCACUCAACAUGGCCUACCAGGACUUCACCUCCGAGUAUGGCAAAACUCAAGUCCUGCUGCAUCUGAAGGGAGAGGAGCUUAUGGGUGUGGCUUUGAAAGCACCUCUGACAUCAUAUGAUGUCAUCUAUACUCUACCAAUGCUCACCAUCAAGGAGGACAAAGGCACUGGAGUGGUGACCUCUGUACCCUCUGAUGCUCCUGAUGACUACGCUGCUCUUAGAGAUGUCCAAAAGAAGAAGGCUCUUCGCGACAAGUUUGGCAUAACUAAUGAAAUGGUUCUGCCCUACAAACCAGUCCCCAUUAUUGAUAUUCCAGGAAUUGGUAAUCUCUCUGCGGUCACUGCCUGUGACCAGUUCAAGGUGUCAUCACAGAAUGACAAAUCUCAACUUGAGAAGGCAAAGGAGAUGACCUACCUCAAGGGAUUCUAUGAGGGGGUUCUGCUAGUGGGGCCUCACUCGGGGAAGAAGGUGCAGGAGGCCAAGAAGCUGAUCCAGGGAGACAUGGUGGCCAGCGGAGAGGCUGUCCUCUACCAGGAACCUGAGAGGAGUGUCACCACUCGCUCAGGAGACCAGUGUGUCGUGGCCCUCACCAACCAGUGGUAUCUGGACUAUGGAGAGCCUGGCUGGAAGGAGACUGUGAGAAAUGUCUUGAAAGGAGUCAGAACAUAUGCUGAAGAAGUAAACAACAACUUUCUGACUACUCUAGACUGGCUCCAUGAACAUGCCUGCUCCAGAGUCUUUGGCCUUGGAACCCUCAUUCCGUGGGACCCAAAGUUCAUGAUAGAGUCUCUCUCCGACUCCACCAUCUACAUGUCCUACUACACUGUGGCCUACCUGCUACAGGGAGGUGUGGUCAAUGGCUCCACCCCUGGGCCUCUUGGGAAUACGUCCAGAGCAGAUGACAGUGGCCACACAAAGUGUGGGGACACACACCAGCCUUGCCUGGUCCUCCUGGACUGUGGUAUCGCCACCAGUCUCACGCACUUCGACCUCCUCCAGAUGAGGGCUCUCUUCACCGCCAUCGUCAAGGGAGAUGGAGUACAAGUGGCAGACCUGAUGCUGGGCUCCCAGCCCUGCCCCACAGUGGAGGAGUACCGCAGGAACAUGGCUGAACUGGUCUCACGAGGACUCCAGGGACUCACUCGCAUUCAGAAUGUGAAGGUGUCUAACCUAUUCUCCGAGCUAUUUGAUGUGCUCAUGAAACACAAGGUUCGAAUAGAGCCCAACUACACGUCAGUGGUGAUGGCCAUCAUGGUGAUAGAUGGACUGGGGAGGUCCCUGGACCCCAGUCUCAAUCUCCUGGAGGCUGUCACUCCCUGCCUGCUCCACAGAGCCAGGACACAACUCACUGACUACAUUGUAGGCUCUUGACACCUAGAGUAACUUCUGCUGUUUGCUGUCUUUUGUAUGUUUUCUAUGGUCUUACACUAUCCUCAAUGACACAACACUUGCGCUAUUUUAAUGAAGUACAUGUGUACUGUUACUACGGCCAGUAAAGUGAGGUUAUUGAAAUAAGAACAACACACGUACGCGUGUAUAUACGUACAUUAUUCUCGAAUCACACGCAAUAGCUAUAGCUGGGAGUGUUAAUUAAACAUUAGUACAUACAUAGCUAUAUACAGCAAUGACAAUGUUAUGCACUUUCUGUUUCUGUUGGUGGAUCAGGUCUUGUUAUCUUGCAAAUACAGCCAACAUUCCCACAUAAGAUUUCUUGAGAUUCUCCACAUACUUAUCGAGUUCAGAUAUCCCCAGACAUUCCUUGAGACGAGGGUCUAGACCAGAGAAUGACUGUAGAACUUCAGUGUCUGGAGCAGUGAAUGAGGGAAGAGAGCAUAACUUCUUUCCUUUCUCCUUCAUCUUGGAAAACAGCUUCUUGAAAUGAAUUUCUAUCUGCUCUUCCUGCUCUCUGCCGCUGGACAGAAACUGUCUGUUCCAGAAGAGUUGGGUCUGUGGCUGAGUUAGGUCUGAAGAUGAAAAUGAUCUCCUGAGAUUAGGAGACACGCCACUACGGACAGCCCCCAUAUUGAACUGUUGAAGAGGUCCAAGUCCUGUCCACCGACAAUACUCCCCAUAUUUACCACCAGAGAGAGGGAGGAAUAAUCCAGACUGGAUGUUUAUCUUUUCCAGAGUAGUGUUGUCCUUGAGAAUGUCGUUUAGUUCCAGAAGGAAGUCAGUGCACGUAGUCUUUACUUGGCAGAGUAACUCUCUCCAUGGACGAGAAAGAUGUGAUAUUCCCUGUAGUAAUAUUGACCCUCCUGUAUCGUGGCCUCUGCACAUCCUCACGUAUAACAAGAUGUCUUAAUGUAGUGUUAGAUCUGAGUGCACUAAGUAUGUAGAGGAUUCCAUCAUAGCCCAGUCUGGUACCCUGCAGCCUCAAUGUGGUAAGACUGGGAGAGUGUAGUAGGAUACUAUGGACACCAGCCAUGUUCUCACGAGAUAUGUUGGGCAACGCCAGCUUAGUGAUUUGCUUUGACUUCAGAGCUGAUUUCAAUACAGAGUCAACCAGGGCAUCCGUUGAAGUGUGAAGAUCACGUAGUGUCAUUUCUGUCAGUCUAUGUUCCAACAGCCAACAAAGAUCCUCAGUCGGUGGAGGACUCAUGUACUCCUCACUGCCAAUGUUAGUAAUACUCAAAGCUUUCAGUUCAGUGAGAGACUUCAGUGAAGGAAGCCACUCCCAAGAUCUAAGGUCACUAUUAUUGAUCACAAGUGAUUCAUAUUUGACGAGUGACUGUAGAAGAUUGUGAUCAAUAGCAUAUUUCAAAACGUGGAUUCCAAGCAAAAUGUAUCUACGUCAACUUUAUUCAACCAAUAUAUACAUCUGUUGAAUGCAUUUGCCACAUAAUCGCCCAUUAAAUUAAGAACCUUAAUUUUAGGUGUGGUAGAUUUGCGGUGGUCCUCAAGACCUUUUACAAAUGUUUCCAAAAGUGACACAUCAUCAUCAUUAUUGAUAAGUACAGUUAGGUCGAACUGGUCCAGGUCGGAUACACAGUAUGAUAGAGCAUAGCAGUCAUAUGGUGUUCGAAUUGAUAAGCCAAUAUAAAUUGUAUUAUUGUAGAUACGAGGUCUCAUGGUUUGGUUCUGAGCUUCAUAGAGAGAACGCAACAAUACCAUUCUGCCACUCGCAAUACUUACGUCAAGACUGAGAUUCAUUUCCCAGUGGUUCCUGUCAUCCCCUGACUGGCAUCUCAUGCCAGUGAUACCAGCCAGGAAUAUGGCUGGCUCUACUAGUGACUUCCCUAGUGAUUCUAGUGAAGAUAUGAGAGCUUUUUCCUCUCUGUUAUCACCUUUGUAUACAUGAGUGGCACUUGGCCCAUUCAGUAUCAGCCAGCCUAUGAUAAGCCACCUGAAACUCAAUGCUGUAGCUCUUAGCCAAGUGCCAAGCUGCCAGGUAUUCCUGUAGGCUGAGAUGGAGAAAUGAGAAUGUUUCCUCCACUCCUUUGCCUGCAUACAUUUCAGUGGACUCGUUCAUAAAACCAAAAUGAAUUAAUCCUUCAGGGAUAUCCUCCUUGAAAAAUGUUACUUUCCUUAUUUCAGACUCGCGUAGUUCUUCACUUGAUUGACCUAAUAUCUGCUGGAUAUCCUCUUGUUUAACUUUCAAUCCAUGAUAGCUAUAAAAAGCGAACUCUGCCAAAGUCUUGAAGUUUUUCAUAUGUUCUUCGUUGAGACCUUCUGGAAACAUAGAUGAGUAGUC